CAUGGUGUCCAUUUGUUUUGUGGUUAACUCUCAAAAUUCCCCAUAAAAAGCCUCACUUCACUCUGCUCCAGAGGCCUCUCCCUAAUCCUGCAGAGCCAUGGCCGCCGCAAGAGUCUUAGCCAAUGCCACCACCACCACCACCACCGCCGCCGCCGCCGCCUCCUGUUUUCUCUCCAAGACCUCUUUUCUCCCCAAGCAUACCCUCCCAUUCAACUCCAAUUUCAUUUGCCUCUCCAGAACAUUCCCUUCCUCCAGAAAAUCAUUCUCCUGCAAAGCUUUGUACAUCCCUGAGGUCAAGACUAAGGAGGAAGGUCAGCCUGAAACCCUUGACUAUCGCGUCUUCUUCACUGAUCAGUCCGGCAAAAAGGUCUCCCCUUGGCAUGAUAUACCACUGCAUUUGGGGGAUGGUGUUUUCAACUUCAUUGUUGAAAUUCCUAAAGAAACCAGUGCAAAAAUGGAGGUUGCAACAGACGAGCUGUUCACUCCUAUAAAGCAAGAUACCAAAAAGGGAAAGCUUCGAUACUACCCUUACAAUAUCAACUGGAAUUACGGAUUACUUCCACAAACAUGGGAAGAUCCAUCCUUAGCUAACUCUGAAGUUGAAGGUGCAUUUGGAGACAAUGAUCCCGUUGAUGUUGUUGAAAUUGGUCAAAGUGAUCGGAAGAUAGGUGAGAUUCUGAAAGUGAAACCACUGGCUGCUUUAGCCAUGAUUGAUGAAGGGGAACUUGACUGGAAAAUAGUUGCAAUUUCACUAGAUGAUCCUAAAGCUUCACUAGUGAACGAUAUAGACGACGUCGAGAAACAUUUCCCGGGAACUUUAACUGCUAUAAGGGACUGGUUUAGAGACUACAAGAUCCCUGAUGGGAAACCUGCUAACAAGUUUGGUCUGGGAAACAAGCCUGCAAACAAGGAUUAUGCCCUUAAAGUUAUUGAAGAGACCAACAAAUCUUGGGCCAAUCUCGUUAAGAGAUCAAUUCCUUCUGGUGAGCUAUCUCUUGUAUAGAGUUCAUUGAUUGUAGGAAGCUGCAGGUUCUAUUUAUGUUAGUGCUCAAAGUGAAAGCGGAUUUGUGAAUUCUGGCUUUCUGAUUUAUAUGUUUAUAAUGACAUGGAACCCAUUUUCCCAUUGUUGAGACAGAAUAAUAUAUGCCCAGUUGGUGAUUUUGUUUUUA